UCCGAAGGGCGCGCGAGGGACGGGAGCGCUCUGGCCCCCUGGCGGCGCUCGGCUGAUGCGGGGCCCCGCCGGUUCCAGGAGCCCCCCCGGCCUUUGCCCAGCCAAGCGUCUCGGCCCCGCUCCGGAGGGGAAACGCGCCCCGACCGCUUCCCCGGCGGCAUAAGCGGCCGCUGGACCCGGCCGGCGGCCUUCACGGCCGACCGCCCCCCCUCCCCACGAUGACCGCCAAGGCGGUGGACAAAAUCCCCGUCUCCCUCAGCGGGCUGGUGCACCUGCCCGAGGGCCUUUACCCCGCCGAAGACGCAGCCGGCGCCCUGCCGGCGUCGGUCAUCGGCUUUCCCGGCGGUGACCCGGGAGGCCCCUUUGACCCGCUGAGCGAUGGGCUGAUCGGCUCGGACAUGAGCGACAAACGAGCGCUGGACUUGCAAUACGCCUGCAGCGGUUUCGCGCCGCCGCCUCCGCGCGGCCAAUCCUUCACCUACAUGGGCAAGUUCUCCAUCGACCCGCAGUAUCCCGGCGCCAGCUGCUACGCGGCCGACGGCAUCCUCAACUUGGUGAGCGCCGGCAUCCUGCAGGGAGUGGCCGCUCCGUCGACCGCAUCCCCGGCCUCCGCUGCGGUCGUUCCAUCGUCCACCGCCUCCGCCGGAUCCCCCGCGGGACCCGGGUGCGCCAUGGCUCUGGCCGCCGGGGACCUGGAGCAUCUGUACUCGCCGCCGCCGCCGCCGCCGCCUUACUCCGCGUGCGGGGAGCUUUAUCAAGCCCAGGCGCAACAGCCGACGCCGUCGGACGGCUCCACGCCCUUCCUGGCCGCCUCGACGGUCCCCUACCCGCCGCCACCUUCCUACCACCACUCUCCCAAGAGCGUGGCGGCGUUGGGGGCCGACGCCGCCGGCCUCUUCUCCGUGAUCCCGGAGUACACGGGCUUCUUCCAGUCGCCGCCGCCGCCGCCGCCGCCGCCGCCGCCCUGCAGCCAGCGCGAGUUCCACGGCCCGGCGGAGCGCAAGCCCUUUCCCUGCGCGCUGGACUCGGUGCGCGUCCCGCCGCCGCUCACGCCGCUCUCCACCAUCCGCAACUUCACGCUGGGCGCCCCCCCGAGCGGACCGAGCGAAGGGCCCUCCUCGGGGACCGCGGUCGGCGCGCGCCUGGCGCCGGGCGUCUACGGGGGGCCGGGCGGCCUGCCGCUGCGCCCCAUCCUGAGGCCCCGCAAGUACCCGAACAGGCCCAGCAAGACUCCGGUGCACGAGCGGCCGUACCCGUGCCCGGCCGAGGGCUGCGACCGGCGCUUCUCGCGCUCCGACGAGCUGACCAGGCACAUCCGCAUCCACACGGGCCACAAGCCCUUCCAGUGCCGCAUCUGCAUGCGCAACUUCAGCCGCAGCGACCACCUCACCACGCACAUCCGCACGCACACCGGCGAGAAGCCCUUCGCCUGCGACUUCUGCGGCAGGAAGUUCGCCCGCAGCGACGAGCGCAAGCGCCACACCAAGAUCCACCUGCGCCAGAAGGAGCGCAAGGGCGCCGCCGCCGCCGGGGCCCCCCAGCCUCCGCCGGGCCCAGGAGCAGCCGCUCUGCCCUCCUGCGGCGCUCGGACGCGGACGCCCUGAGGCCUCGGGCGGCAGGUAACCGCGGAAGCCGCCGCCGCGCUGCCCCGGGGCUCGCGGGAGCGCUUAGGAAGCGCCGCCUGUGGCCGGUGGCUCUUUCCGGAGGGAGCGGGGAGGGCGGCCGGCGACGGGCCAGCAGGACGGAGGGAGGACCGGUUGCACUUUAGAGGCUGGGAGCCGAGCGGGAGCCGCAGGACUGGCGCGGCGCGCAACUCUUCGUCGUCGGGACGGCUGCGAGAAGCUUUUACUUGAAAAUCGGUGUCGGCAGAGAGAGAAGAGAGCGAGUGCCAUGGGGCUGGGCGAGACAUCGGGCAAUAUUUAUUCCGGGGGGGUGGGGGGACAAAUUCCUGCUUUAAAACGGUUCGUCUCUCCUUCCCCCCCCCCUCCGCGGCAAGUAUUUCCCCUUUGCUAUAUUUUCCUGCGCGUUCUUGAAAACCUAUUUAAAAGGAAAGCAGAGCAAGGCGGCCUAAGCAGAGAGCGAGAGUCCCGGGUGCACGUCUGUAACUUUUCUGAGCUGUCCUUGGUGCCUUUUCAAAUAGGUGGGCCGUGACUGCAUGUUCAAUUGGUUGCCUUAUUAAUCUUGGGGAAGGCGGAGGGGGGGGGGAGAUGUCAGAUUUUAAUCAUGAACAGAAGGGGGUCUGGAAAAGUUCUGACCUGGCUGUUAAAUAGAGUUGCAUAGUUCUGUCUUAAUAUUCAAAUUUUUAUAAAAAGAUCUAUUUUUGUAUGCAUUGGAGAUUGCCCCCCCAACUGACUUAUUAAAUGUUGCUUCUGUGGAAUAUAAUUAAAAAGAAUUGUAAAAUAGACAUUUUUGCACCCUGAAAAUUUAUGUAUUGACAGAGGUUGAAAAAGAAAAGAUUUCAUCUAAGAAGACACAACUGCUAAUUGGGAGCCUUCC